CUGGUGUAUUCUACUUCUCUAUAAACAUGUGGAAAUAAUGAAAACAGAUAUAUUUGUGUGCAUAUAGAAUGGAUCUUUUAGAACAGAAGAACGAGCGAAUAUGUCAAUGCUCACAAAAAUUAAAGACAAAUGUGAUGCCUGUGUCUCAGCCAGUGCGUGCCAAGAGUUUGUUACGCGCAAACUUGGAAAAUUCUCGCGGGCGACUUUUGCAGAGCAGAAUGCCAAACAUUAAAGUCUUUAGUGGCACAUCGCAUCCAGAUUUAGCUCAACGCAUUGUUGAUAGACUUGGUAUUGACAUUGGAAAAGUUGUCACGAAGAAAUUUAGUAACCUCGAAACAUGUGUGGAAAUAGGAGAAUCUGUUCGUGGAGAAGAUGUGUACAUAGUACAAAGUGGAAGCGGAGAAGUAAAUGACAACUUGAUGGAACUGUUAAUUAUGAUCAAUGCUUGUAAAAUUGCUUCUGCAUCUCGAGUAACUGCUGUAAUUCCGUGUUUCCCAUAUGCGAGACAAGAUAAAAAGGAUAAGGGUGGUGAUGGAGGUGACAAGACAAAUUCUAAGAAACAAAUUGUCAUGAAGUCAAACGAAUGGAAAUUCAGGGAUUUUGUGCUCGACCUCUCUACAAGUCGUGCACCUAUUUCAGCAAAAUUAGUAGCAAAUAUGCUAUCAGUAGCAGGAGCUGAUCAUAUUAUUACAAUGGAUUUGCAUGCUAGUCAAAUACAGGGAUUUUUUGAUAUUCCAGUUGACAAUUUAUUUGCUGAACCAGCUGUUUUAAAAUGGAUUAAAGAAAAUAUUAUAGAAUGGCGAAAUAGCAUUAUUGUUUCGCCAGAUGCUGGUGGUGCUAAAAGGGUAACAUCAAUCGCUGAUCGAUUAAAUGUUGAAUUUGCUCUUAUACAUAAAGAAAGAAAGAAGGCGAAUGAGGUGGCUAGUAUGGUAUUAGUUGGAGAUGUAAAAGACAGAGUUGCUAUUCUAGUAGAUGAUAUGGCCGACACUUGUGGGACUAUUUGUCAUGCAGCAGAAAAACUUUUAGAAGCUGGAGCAACAAAAGUAUAUGCAAUUUUAACACAUGGCAUUUUCAGUGGCCCAGCAAUUAGUAGAAUUAAUAAUGCCUGUUUUGAAGCUGUGGUAGUAACAAAUACCAUUCCUCAAGAUGGUCAUAUGAAGGAUUGUCCAAAAAUACAGUGUAUUGAUGUAUCAAUGAUGUUUGCUGAGGCUGUAAGGCGGACUCACAACGGUGAAUCUGUAUCGUACCUGUUUUCAAAUGUACCGUAUUAAAUACAAAUCUUCCUGAUAAUGUACUCGUUUAAAUUAUGUAAGAAGAAUGUAAUCUUUUUACAUCUAUUUACUGUUAUUCUUAGUUUAGUUAAACUUAUUUGUCUUAGGAGUAAAUUUGGGAUAAGCACCAAUAUCCCGUUUUUAAUUUGAAAACCAUAUGUAUUUUUUUCUUUAAUAGACGUGUGUAGGAGACAUUAGAUGCAUACUAUACUCUCCAUUUUAAAAGAAAAGUAAGUUAAUAAGUAAUAGAUGCAAACAGAAGCUUCAGAGUAAAAUUUUUUAAAAAUAAUUAAAUUUUCGCUAAAUUGCCACUUCAUAUGUAGAAUAUAACCAUAUAGAAUAUAUGGUUGGAUUAUUCUAUUCUUUUAUAAUUUAAUUUGAUUAAUUAUUACGGUAUGAAAUAACAUUAUCGUGGCAAUUAUAUGAGACUGGGGAUAAAAAGUAUUGUAAUAAAUGCAAACAGACAUUCAUACCAUAUGGCGAUAUAACUACGUCAUAAAGGCAUAUUUCAUUUUUUACUGUUACGUAUAAAAAAUUUCCAAUAU